AUGGCAAUUCGUGCUCUCGAAUUUUAUUCAGGCUUGGGUGGGCUACACCGUGCAUUGUCGAGAAGCAACGUCGAUGGCACAGUCGCAGGUGCCUUCGACUGGGAUCAGAAUGCAUGCCGAGUUUAUCGGGCGAACUACGGUACAAAUGUUAUCCACAAGGUCGACAUCUCGACGCUUACGGCCUCGGAGCUGAGGUCAUACAAGACAGAACUUUGGCUUUUAUCUCCAUCAUGUCAGCCGUAUACCGUGCUAAAUCCCCUAGCCAAGGGCGCAGCAGAUCCGAGAGCCAAAUCCUUCAUCCACCUUGUUGAAGACGUUUUACCAGAGUUAGCCUCAUACGGUGCACACCCACAUUAUCUGUUGGUGGAAAACGUCGCUGGUUUCGAGACUUCAAGUACCAGGCAGAGACUGCUGACGACUCUGCAUUCCCUGAAUUACGCAGUACUAGAGCUUCUCCUCACGCCUCUCCAGUUUGGCAUUCCAAAUUCCCGUCUCCGAUAUUAUCUGCUUGCCAAAGCAAAUUUUUUGACUUUUGCACACGUCCAGGGAUGCGAACCAAAAACAUGGCGACAUAUCCCUGGGCACGGCCACGACUGGAUCGACCCAAGGCUACAAACAGAGGGAAUCCAGGAGACUUACUUCAAAGUAGCCAAAAUCAGGAAGUUCCUAGACACGGAUGCCCCAAAAGGAUACAUGCAUCCUUGCGCCGUUCCAGGUCAUGUGCUGGAGAAAUGGGGUAGGCUCUUUGAUAUUGUCCUCCCCUCUUCCUGCAGGAGCUGCUGCUUCACUCGAGGUUAUGCGAAAAUGGCAGAGCGUUCUGGCUCUGUCCUGCAGAUGAAUGAAAAACUAGACACCACGAACGUAUUCGACCGCUUCCUCGAGGCUCAGUCUCGUGGAGAGAAGGAUGCCGUACGGAUCCUCGAUCCGCUGGAGCUGCGCUAUUUCUCGCCCCGAGAGCUUUUGCGGAUAUUCUGUUUCUCACCUCCCGCUCAGGAGGAGCUGCAGUCAGAUUUCAUAUGGCCUGAUGAUACGUCCGUAAAGACCCAGUAUAGGCUGAUUGGCAACAGUGUCAAUGUGUUCGUAGUGACCGAGCUCAUCAACUAUUUGUUUGAGUGA